AGCAGAACCUGGGCAGGUGUAUGAAUGUCGACACGCCGGCCGCGUGAGCAACAGUGAGCGCUCAGUCGCGUCCGGACCCACCACGCAUUACGCAGCGGUUGACGUCCGAGCAGCCCCGAGUGUGUUAGCCCGCACCGACGAUUCUCCUUUACGCGUGAGCUCGCAUCUCCUCCUCUUCAACUCUCGCUCUAUUCGUUCGCUGUCUCCCUCCCCCCUCUCUCUCUCUCUCUGGUUCUCGAUCUCUCUUGCGUCGCUCGUUCUCUAUCCCACCAUCCAGCCCUCCCUGUGUCACUCUCUGUCUUAUCCCCCCUCCCUCCCUCUCUCUCUCUCGCUCUGCCUUCCACGACUGUCUCUCGCUCUCCCACGCUCGCUCGCUCACUCUCUCUCAGUCACUCUCCCGGUCGUUCGCUCUCGCAGGCAGUAGUAAUAUAUAUAGGGCAGGGGGUGGGAAGGCAGCUAUCACCUCGCGCGUGUUCGCGGGGCAGAGACGACGUUCACCCACCGUCGCCGGCGCUCGGCCUCUCGAAGAGCAACAGUCAGCGUCGCUGACCCGAUUCCAUCCAAAAAAACCCGGUCCAUGCGCGCCUAAGUCAAGAUGAUGUCCAUGAACAGCAAGCAGCCGUUUGCCAUGCACGCGGCCAUGGCCGAGCCCAAGUACUCCACGUUGCACCCCAGCUCGGAGGCGAUGCGGAGAGCUUGCCUGCCCACGCCGCAGAGCAAUAUAUUCGCGGGCUUGGACGAGAGCUUCUUGGCGCGCGCAGAAGCGCUCGCCGCCGUGGAUAUUGUCUCCCACCAGAGCAAAAACCACCACCAUCACCACCACCAUCACCCGCACCACCCGUUCAAGCCGGACGCCACGUACCACACGAUGAACAGCGUGCCUUGCACCUCGGCGUCCAGCUCCAUGCCGCUGCCGCACCCGUCAGCACUCGGGUCUCACCACCCGCACAAUCCCCAUCACCCGCACCACCACCACCAUCAGCACCACCAGGGGCUGGACAGCGACCUGCUGGACCACAUCUCGCCGAGUCUGACGCUCGCGGGGCUCACGGGGCCCGAGUCGUCCGUCGUUCCCACGUCGGCCCACCACGCGCACAUGCCCACCAUGAACCACAUGCAUCAGGCGAUGGGCAUGCCGCACCACCACCCGCACGGCCUGGGCCCGCACCACGGCGGCCUCAUGCCCGGCAUGCCCGACACGGAGGCGGACCCUCGCGAGCUGGAGGCGUUCGCGGAGCGCUUCAAGCAGCGGCGCAUCAAGCUGGGCGUGACGCAGGCCGACGUGGGCUCGGCGCUGGGCAACCUCAAGAUCCCGGGCGUGGGCUCGUUGAGCCAGAGCACCAUCUGCCGCUUCGAGUCGCUCACGCUGUCGCACAACAACAUGAUCGCGCUCAAGCCCAUCCUGCAGGCGUGGCUCGAGGAGGCGGAGAAGGCGCAUCGGAACAAGCAGACCAAGCCAGACCUCUUCAACGGCGGCGAGAAGAAACGCAAGCGCACGUCCAUCGCCGCUCCCGAGAAGCGAUCGCUGGAGGCCUACUUCGCCGUGCAGCCGCGACCCUCGUCCGAGAAGAUCGCCGCCAUCGCUGAGAAGCUGGACCUCAAGAAGAACGUGGUGCGCGUGUGGUUCUGCAACCAGCGGCAGAAACAGAAAAGGAUGAAAUUCUCGGCCGUUCACUGAGCUCUCUUCCCCGGCCGGCUGAGCGGGCAGGCGGGCAGGCGGGCUGCGUCAGGCGGGCUUGGCCCAGAGACCACAGACUCGGGCUGAUCGUUGAAGAGAGCGGAUAGAUGCUGCGCUCUGCGGCUCGGUCGCUCUCUCGUCUCGCGAAAACCGACGCCGUCGAGUCGCGAAGACAACACGGGACAGAGAAAUCCGCGUCACUUUCUAAAACAAAAACGAAGAGAAGCGCGAACUUCCCUCGAGCGGACUGACCCCGCACUCUGUCCGAUUCUUUUAUGAACUCUCACGGGGGAGACGGAGAGCAAUUUGUCGCCGGUGUUGUUACUUCCUCCUGCUACUACUGUUAUUUAUUUGUUGUUUUAUUUGUCUUGUUUUUGAAUCCCAGUUCCGCUUUUUCUCCAUCUUCUCACCUCUCCCCCCCCCCCCCACACUAUCUCUGUCUCUCCCCAAGCUACCUUAAAGUCCUUCUGCGUAUUUAUUUUUCAUCUUUAAUAAUUUCUCGUUUCAAUUGUCGCAUCCGACAGGGACACAGUGGGGGGGGGGCGAAUCGAUGGACUAACUAAGAAAAUGAACGAGGCCGUUUUUUUUGUUUCGCUUCGUUAAAACGCUAAAGACACGCAUUUAAAAAAAGGCAUUCUUCUGACAUUUCAAAACAAAUAUAUAUAAAAUAUAUAUUUUCUCAGCACACGAAAGAUAUUUACAGGUUAUAUUAAAACAAACAAAUAAAAAAACGCGACACGGUAUAAGACGGGCGGUAACGUGUAAGACAAAGCGGCGCACUUGUUAAACUACGAAACAAACGUAUUCGCGUAAAGUUAACAACCGUGGCAAUCCGUUGCAAGGCGUUGCAUAUGGCCGGUUCGCCGGAUAGUUUCGCAAUUAUCAUUAUUAUUAUAAUUAUUGGUGUAUGAGCAUUAUUAUUAUUAUCUUUUAAUGGACAACCUAAUUGCCGUGUAUGCUAUCUUAUCUUACACGCAUCGCUCCGUCUUAUAUUAGAGAGAAGAAAGCCUCAUCUUCCCGUGAGUGCAAUCUUAUCUCCGCGAUGUAUGCAAAAUGCGCUGGGAAUUUCCUCCCACAAACGAAAAUAAAUAAACGAAUACAAUUGUUAAACGGGUGUAUUACGACCUUCCGGCAUGCGCAUACAAUUCAACAGCAAGUAUUCGGCUUCCGUUUGAACGAAUAAUUUUCGACAGUAAUAUGCGUUUUAUUUGAUGCCAGCGGAUUAUGUGUAUUGUUUGCGAUAAGUUAGCAUUUGACGAUAGCUUCUAGCAGUCAGUAUACCCUUUGCACCAGUGUGCAGAACCGUCAUGUCAUUGUUUUAUUUUUAGGUUGGUAAUAUGAUUAAAUAUAACAACGACGACUUAUUAUUAUUAUUGCUAUUCAUGUCAAUGCCGUUCGCUUUAGCUCCGCAACUUUUUUGUUGUUAAUGCGUGUAGUUGAAGCAUCAAUUAAUUGUGAUUCAUAUAAAUAUACGUGUAUAUGUACACUUGAGUUUUGAAAGCUGCAAAUUUUUCUUUGCUAUGAUAAUCCUCUUCGGUAAGAACACACGACCACCCGGGAAUGAGCAGUAGGAGAACCAGGCGUGGCCACCAGAUAUACGCGCACUUUGAAGAGUAUUUUAGACCUAGCCGAGCGAAUUAAGUCCAGCUUCAUUUGGGAAUCAUCAGUGACGAUGGCAGUGUUUGUACUUUCAUAUACGUGGCGGCGUAGCGCCUACGAUUUGAUAAUUUUUCGUCAGCCACCCACACUUUUAACUUAAUAGAGCAGGGCCCUUAUAGUUUUGACCGUAUAUUGCAUUUGUUAACUCAUUAAACAGCCUUCUGAAAAACCAUGAACGAGUUCCUUUUCGAUGCCACGAGCCGCGCGUAGCUCUCGACGAGACGGCGAUGAUCGGACUGGUCCAGUCGCACGCGACGGCUGAUUUACUCGAAACGGACGGCGCUGGGAAAUUCGGACGAGGGGGCAGUUUGACGGCCAUCGGGUAGAGAGAGAAGUUGCUUCGUUUCGGCGAACACAACGAGGGAAACGGAGGCCCCCCCUCCCCUCCUCCCCCCACUGCGAAUUGUUUCUAGGGCACUAACUGGGGGAUAUAAACAACAACAACAACAACCUCCCGCGACGGUUCACACUUAGCAAGACAACACUUUAACACGCUUAGCUGUAUAUGUCUGGGUUUUUUUUUUUGUUACAAUUCUCAUGACUGUCUCAUCCAACAAAGUAGAGCCUCUGCGCUCGUCAUUAGGCAAGACGCUUUGGUUGUUCAUUGAUAAAUUUGCUACUUAUUUAUUAUCGGGAUUUUAUUUUUUGCGUUGCUAUUUAUUGUCGGACUUAUUUAUUAGCGGAUUUAUUUAUUCACGUUCCACGUCAACCGUUUUGUUGCGCUCGACGUUUCGCAACGGCGGGCGCGCGAGUGUUUUCCACAUCCUCUUGCACGAUGAGAUUCCAGUUGCACACAGAGCGGCGGCUUCUUACAGUCUGCGCUCGUGGUUUUAACCAUAAACACCGGCGGUAUUGACAUUCGUCUCAUUUUGCGUGCGAGUCUUAAGUUAUUUAAACACUAAUUAUAUGUUCUUCGCAAAUCGGAUGUCGCGAAUUCGGAACGACGUGUUGAUGGAAUUCAGAAGCAAGCCUCAGUGAGGUGGUGGGGGGGGGGGGCACGUAAAAUUAAAGACUUUAUAAAGAGGAGUCAAAACCAAUCAAGAAUAAUUGUGAUAUUAAAUUCAGAUGCAAACAUUGGGAUGAAUCGUACACCCCCUCCCAGUAAAUUCAAAUUUAAGUCGAAAUAAAAAAUUUGAGAAAACCACGAUGCUAGUAUAAUAUGCUUUCAAUGUAUCUCCGACACUUGAAGGGGAUCGAUAGGGGAGUGGUUGAAACGAAUCGCUGUGUGUACAUAUACAAAGGGAACGCCUCGAACGACCCAUGGCAUUUGUAAAGUUCUGUAAAUUACUGUAAACUUUCACUCCUGUGUAUAGAGACCCGUUCGUUAUAUGAGCACACGUGACCCGAAGGCAUUCCAAGUGUUUUUUGUAUAUGUAUACAAGUCGGCGUGCGUAUGACACUUACAGAUAUAUGAAUAUAGAUAUACGACUACUAAUUUGUAUCUUUCAUUCCUCGACGAUUGUUUUCCUUCACGUUUGCUUUUUGUUAAGUUUAUCCUCUUCCAUGGUUUGUGCUCAGGAUUUAUUAUUAUUGAUGAUUAAUUUGUUGUUGUUAUUUAUAACGGUGAGUUUUUGCGGGUGGGGGGACGAGGGGGAUGAAGGCGUACUAUGAAAUUGGCUGAUCAUGAUGUAUGUUUGUAUUAAAGUACAACAAAAAAAUCCAGACAAACUUAAGCAGUCGCCCGUGGAAUCUUUUGUUUUGGGUUAUGUACAUUUACCCACCUCCCCCACACUGUCGUUGUGAUUGGUAAAUGCGUCAUUGUUUUUUUUAUUGUAGUUUACGAUUAACCACAGCAAACAUUUCCAUGUACUGUGUUUCUACCAUACAUGGCACUGUUACGAUUUGAGUCAGCACAAUGAACGAGUAUUGAAAUGAUGAUUUCAUAAAUCACGGUGUGUUCUAUUACGAUUACAUCUCGUGUAUUAUUACGAUUAUUAUUUACUACUUUGAAUUAAAUUAUUAGCGUUU